CGGUUUGUCGCUGCAGUCGCUCACUAGCAGGUGUCUUGUGCGCGCGUGCGUCGGCCAUCUUUCAACAGCUGAUUGGCGUCAACGCGAUCGUGUUUUAUCCGUUUAGAAAUAUUAUAAUUUAUAGAUCACAGUCGCGUUAAAUGAUACAUUGAGACUUUUCACGGUGCAGUGAUUAAAGAGUAAUGAAGAUGACAGUUAAUCGAAUAAGAGUGGUGGUCCUCGGCAGCGCACGCUGCGGUAAAUCGGCUGUGGUGGUUCGCUAUCUAACAAAGAGAUACAUAGGAGAAUAUAGUUCGACUGGUGAUUUCUUAUAUCAGCAUCGAGUUUCUUUUGAUGGUGUCACAUCAGAAGUUGAGGUUUUAGAUACAUGUGGGUGUGCAAAACGUGGCUGUUUAGCUGAGCACCUUCGCUGGGGUGACGCAUUUGCAGUAGUUUACUCUGUGUGUGAUCGACGCUCAUUUCUAGCUGCGGCUGAGCUUUUGGCACUCCUGGAACGGACUAGAUUGCCCGGAUGUUCUGCUGUCACCCUCCUUGGGAAUAAGAGGGACUUGGAGCAUGCCAGAGUUGUGAAGACAGAAGAAGGACAAGAAAUGUCAUUGAGAUUCGGGUGUCAGUUUUAUGAAGUGUCGGCGGCGGAAUCGUGCGCGGGCGCAGCGCUCGCUUUCCAUGCAUUGUUGCGGGAGGCGCGAGCGCUUGCCAUGCUCUUGCCUACUCCGCGUCGCAAGCUUGCGGCUUACUCUGUGUCGAAGGUAAUUGGUACAAUCCUCGGCUUGAGCAACAAAAGCGUAAGAAAGAAACGGCCGUCACUCAGCAUAUGAUUUAUCGAAACGAUUAAAUUAUUGGUCUCGUUUACCCCUAGAAGGGGUUUGUUGUCUUUCCGCAAGUCGCGAAAGCUUUCUGAUGGAGUCAUGGACUGAAGUCUUGAUUGACAUGAAGUUGGAAUGGAAAGUAGCAUUGGAUGCUGACUUAUUGAUUUUACCGAAUUAAUAUACUCUUGUAUUAUAUUUAAUCGUAUACGACGCAGUCGGAAAUUUUACCCGUGAUGUAAGUUAUUCUUUUUAACGUUUUAUCAGAAUUUUCCUUAUAUUGUUGAAAUAAAGUGUAAUAUUGUAUUACUUGUAUAUUUUAACACAAGAACUUUAAGGUGUUUGCUAUAAAAUUUUUGUCAAUAAAAGAUAUUAUCAUAUUUUUUUAAAUAUACAUAAGUAUUAACUUACCAUACAGGGUGUAUUUUGAACAUAUUUCUUAGUAUUUAUUGUGAACUGUUCUCGCGUUAUCGAUGAUAUUUAUAUCGAAGUGUUUUUAACGCACUUGUCAUUGAGCGUUUCAUAUUUGAGAGAUUUGAAGGUUUAUUGUUAGUUUAUAAAAGUUAUUAUAUUGUCAAUUCCAUUCAUGUUUUC